AGGUUUGUUUUUGGCUUCAGAUCAUUUCAUUAAGACAGCAGUCUCACAGAUUACAGGUGUCACAUCUGGCCUGCUGUGGAAUGUGAAGAUUUAUGGCCGGACUUGUUGAGUGCUUGAACGUAUGAUGCCUCAGGCUCUUCCUUCACCUGUGUAACCUGUGUAAUAAUCAGCCAGACCUGAAUGGAUGUAAAACAUGUAGAGCCAAUGACUAUCCUGUUAAGAUUUUAUGAUCCUUUUACCUUUAAGUUGCAACCAAAUGAAAAACAACUUUACACUGCUGUUUAAAGAAACAACUUCCAGUGAAUCAGCCACAACUACUCCUGACUCACCCCUUAUUCUUUUUCCUAGAUACCAUGUCUGCUGUAUUGAAACCAGCAUUAUUAUGGAGAAAACAUCUGGCUCUAAUUAAAGCCUUCAGCUCACGUCAUCCCCCUCAUGGCUCUUUCUCACCGUUGUUGCCCUUUCAGCAUCCGUCCCCAUGUCUUUACCAUUCUCAAACUCUCUCUCCCCCUCUCCAAAACCUCCCCAGUCGUUCACUCUCUCCGCCCAUCCUUUGCGAGAAGCCUCCUCCCCACAGUCUUUCACCUCUUGCCUCCUGCUACCAUUUCCCCUCUCUCCAAUAGUCUGUAGCCUUGUGUAUACACUGCAUCAUGAUGCACGUCGACAGCAUUUGGGGUUUCUGCUUGUUUUUGUGUCUACAUUUAGGAUGGACGUGGGCUCAGCAGACAGAAAACACCAAUCGCAGACCUGUGUUUAACUGUGGAGGAGACCUGGUUGCAGACUCAGGCUUUGUUGGGAGUGAGGGGUUUCCCAGCUUCUACAAACCCAACAGCAAAUGCACCUGGCGCAUCACAGUCCCAGAGGGGAAUGUAGUCACGCUUUCCUUCCGCAUUUUUGACCUGGAAGCUGAUUCACAAUGUCGCUACGACUAUCUGGAUGUUUAUAACGGCCAUUCCAUCUUGGCGCAGAAGCUGGGUCGCUUUUGUGGAACUUUCCGGCCUGGCAGUCUUAUUUCUACCACUAAUACAAUGAUGCUGGAGAUGGCGGCGGAUGAAGGGACGCAGGGCAGAGGGUUUGUGGCCUAUUUCAGUGGCACCAAGCCAUAUGUAGAGGAUCAGCAGUCCUGUGGGGGGAAGAUCACAAAGUCCCAGGGAGAGAUCAAGACACCCAACUGGCCUGACAACAAAUACCCACCAGGAACCAGCUGCUCCUGGCUUAUUACUGUGGAGCCUGAUAUGGUGAUUCAGGUCAACUUUGACAAAUUCUCCUUGGAGUCUGACAUGUACUGUCGGUUUGACUAUGUGGCGUUCUUCAACGGUGGGGAGAAAGAUGAUUCACGUCUGAUUGGGAAAUACUGCGGUGAUGAAGCUCCACAGCCCAUUAUCAGCAACGGCAAUGAGCUACUGGUCCAGUUCAUAUCUGACCUCAGUGUGACGUCUGAUGGGUUCCUGGCCUACUACACCAGUGUCCCACGUGGGUCCCAGAUCCCAUUAGUAGACUCAGGGGCCGGAGCAAGAUCAGUCCCCUCAAAACCUGCAGUCCAACCUGUUGUGCCUGAAGUUAUAGCCACCACUGCACCACCACCUGUCCCCACAACCAGAUAUGUGCCACCUCCUCCACCUGAGCCCACUGAGAGACCAAAACCAGUCAAACCCACAAGAGGCCGUGGAUCAGGCACCACAGGCCAGGACAGAGUGGUGCCUGUCACAAGGCCAAAUGGAAGGAGACCAGUUCCUCAGAAUCCACUGUGUGCCAAAGCUUGUAGAAGAGAUGGAGCAAUCAAGCCCAGUUUCUGUGCCAGUGAAUUUGUGUUAACUGGAAAGGUGACCUCCAUGACCCCUGGGCCCCGUGGAGUUGUCAACAUUGGCGUGUCCCUCAUUAAAACCUACAAAGCAGGCCGCCUGAUCAUCACACAAGUAGGAGAGACCAUGUCAGUGAAGCUGGUGUCACAGUGUAAGAAGUGCCCACUGCUCCGCAAAGGUGUCAACUACAUCAUCAUGGGUCAAGUGGAUGAAGACGGACGUGGCACCCUGGCACCUGGUGCAUUCACAGCUCUAUACAAAGCCCAGCAUCACAAAUUAUUAAUGAACAUCAACAACCAACCCUGCUAACCUCACACAUCAUGCACAUAAAGCUGGGAAACCCACACAACACAACAUAUCAAUGUGAACUCUAUUAAAAGCACAAUAUUACCAUAAAACAGCAAUUUUACCCAUCACAUUAAGUGAAUAUUCAAGCACCUCCAAAACCUUAUAUUUGUAAGUUAUAUAUAAAUAAAGGCUUUUAUAUCUCUUUCAGAUGUAA